AUGAAGUUGCUGGUCUUUAUUUCUGCGGUUGUGGCAGCGUCCAGUGCGGCGCCACAAGGGUAUGAUAUUUCCAAGCCGUCGGGACCUGGAUUUUCUUUCGGUUCCGGAGGUUUUAGUGGCUCCAAUGGAGGUGGAGGUUCUCCUUCUGGUUCCGGAUAUUCUAAUGGAGGUGGAAGUUCUUCUUCUAGUUCCGGAUAUUCUAAUGGAGGUGGAGGAUCAUCAGGAGGAUGCAAAGAGGGGGAAAUACUUCACGUGGACGGCACUUGCGUCGUCCCUGAAAUCACUAGGAACGUAUUUCUUUACGAUGCGCCCCAGCAAUCGCCAAAUACUGUGACUCCUCCAGAUAUACCACCACCAAAGGUUGAUUACAACAUCAUCUUCGUUCGUCUUCCCGAAGGAGGCGCAGGGCCUGAACCCAUCAUCAUUCCACCCCCGAGACAAGAGAAUAUUGUUUACGUGCUUAACAAGAAUGGAGGAGGAGGAGCCCAGCGCGUGAUAGAGGUUACAACUCCACCGCCAUCUAAUCCUGAAGUCUAUUUUGUUAAUUAUGGAGAAGGAGAAAAUCCCACUCUUCCCAUCGGCGUCGACCUGCAAACUGCUCUUAAUGCUGCUACGGAAGCCAGUGGUCAGGUAGUUGGAGGGGCAGCAGGAGGCCAGGGAGGCAGUGGGACUGUUGGUGGUACUAACGGAUACGCAAGAAGUGGAAAUAAUGGUGGAAAAAGUGGAUUUGGAGGUAGUGGAGGAUUUGUCAGAGGCAACAGCGGGUCCAGAGGGAGUGGUUUCGGGGCUUCAGGCGGAGGCAGUUCUGGAGGACAGUACAGUACUCCCGUCAGCACGGCUACUACUCCAUCCAGGCAAUAUUCAGGACCCUGA